AUGAGCACCAGUGAGUCCGAUGGGGAGCAGCCGGAACUUGUGACAACAGUGAUCGGUCUAGACAAGAACCAUCUGCUCGAUCGUGGGGCCUUUACUGCGGAGCAGAUUUUAGCGAUAAUAGCUAGUAAAGGUGGAAAGAAGGCAAACGCAGGAAGCAAAAAUGAGGCGCGCAUCUACUCCGACUGCAUACACUUCGAACUCACCAGAAAUGAGAUGAAGUUGCCCGACAUCGACUAUGAAAACAUAGUGCAGUUUGUGGUCCUGCCGGAUUAUCCUGAUGUCUGUUUCAUUCUCUCCAAAAAGCGUGCCCAAGGACAAUAUCUGGUUUUCCGAUUUGAAAAACCAAAGCAAAUCGCUACAUUUAAGAGGCUUGUGAAACGUUACAAUAGUCGAGUGCUAUUUGAGCCAGCAGAACCAGCUUCUGAAAACAGUGACGAUAGUCAGCGAUCGCCGUCACCAGCGAGGAAACCAAUUGUGCUUCAAAAGCCACCUGCCAACCAUUAUUCACGACCGACUAAGAAGUCUUCGGAGCCUACACUGACAACAACCUAUGUCACUAACUGUUGCCCCAAAGAAAAUCGGCCUCCAUGCAAGCAUAAGUGCCAUUGUGGAUGUAAUCGCCGUUCUCGCACUCAAGAAGUGCAAACGUCACCUUUUUUGUGUCCGUGCUCUCACCACGCAAAAAACGCCAAGGCAAACGGAAUAAAUGUCGGUCCAAAUGACGUCCAGCCUGCUAAGGCUACAAUAUUCGUUGCAGUCCAGACAGAUCCCGUGUGUCACAGCCACCACCGCCAGAAGUCGUCAUGCCUGAAAGCCGACAAAAGCCCGGUUCAUAGAAAACCCCAACCUAUUCCGUUCACGCAGCCACUGCAACCCUCAAAAACGACCCAAACAAAGCCCAAAUGCACUUGUAAGCACUCAGAAAGAAUUCAAGCUGGACCUAUUCGACGUUCCCCGUCGUUUAGGCGUCCUUGCAGAUGUUCAAAGUCGCGGCAACCAGUGGAGAGUGAGAUAGUUCAGGCUGAGGCCUCGUCUUCCUUCUCCGGUUCUUCUUCUCCUGCUCCUUCUCCCUUUUCCGAUUCGAGCUCGGAAACCUCCUACAAGAUCUACACUGCCCAUAUUGAUCGCAAAUGUGCGUCACAGAUCAUGGGAGAAGAUUAUGAAUGGCCGCGGACACACCGCGGCUUUGACGUCAAACCGUACGUAAGACAUCCUCGCAGAGUUGGAGGGGACUAA